AUGGCUGUAACCCGAAAGGCAGAGACUGCCGGUGCUGCUGAAUUGGAAGUGGGCUCCAUCACUCGCCCUACUAAAGGUUCAGGGUCUUUGAGUCCUGGAGGUAGCUUUUUUGACAUGGAUGGGGUUCAGAUUCUGGUCCAGGAGAUAAAAGUACAGGCUUUUAAUGUUUUCCACUCUAGCAAGCUCAGGGCUGCAUCACAGCAUUGUUCUCCAAAGAAGAUGGAUAAAGCAAAGAAGGAUUUGAUGAGUUCUCUGGGUGGGAGCCCCAGGCCUCCGGAUACCAAGAGGGAGGCUUCAUGCCUAGACUGCAGUGCAGGAACAAGUUUGUUGGUUUCUGAUAGCUGCAAACCCGGGCCAAGGAAAUACUUAGCAUUUAGACAAAAGAGGUAUUCUGCUGAAGUCCUCACUCCAGCAGCCUCCAGCAUCUCAAGGGAUGUUUGUGCUGGCCCCCAAAUACACCAUGCUUUGCUAAAAGAGGCGGACCUCGAGCAGCACACCCCUAAAGUCACAACCUUCAGGAUGCCUGAGGAUCUUGGAAGUGUGCUGGAUAAGCAAGUGAUGGGACCAACCACUGAGAACCUCACCAACUCAGAUUUCCCAGUACAAUCAUAUAACCCCAAAGUGCAGGUUCCUUACCAAGUGCUUCCAGGGCAGUGCCCUCGGAGCAUUUACAUAGAGAGGAGGAGACGGCUAUAUCUCAGCUUCGAUAUUGCACAGCUUUUAUCCAGCAAGGGGAUAGACUCCAAUCAGCUCAUGCCAAGGCACCAUGAUCCUGACAAUAUGCCAACAAUUGAGGAUAAGAAAGAUCCUCUCUUUCCCAUCUACCUCCCGUUAAAGAUAUUUGAUGAUGAGGAGUAUGACUGUCGAACUCCAGAAGAGUGGAUCUCACUAGGACUGGAACCAGGAUCUCAUGAUAGAAAGCCAGUGCCUGGACAAGCACUUUUACCUACAGAUGAUGUUCUUGGACACGAGGACCCUAAAAACCCAAAAUUAGUCUACCAGUGGAUUGAUGUUGGUGUUCUGGAUUACGACAAGAAGACAGAGCUCUACUUGGUCCGUAAAACCAAGAAUGGAGUGGUGUGGAAUGAGGAAGGGAGACCCAGCCUCAAUGGAGAAGUAACUUCAGAAGGAAGAGCCCCGCUGUUGCCAUGUCAGUACUGGGUGCCACGUGUUUGCCUGUUGUUUCUGGCUGAAGAUCCCCGGGUGUUUGCACAGAGAGUAGUUUCUGCUGACAACUUGCGUAAGAAGACGCAGGCACUGCUUCUCUAUAACUUGUAUGUGGACUGCAUGCCCGCGGAUGGUCUAAAUAGCAUCAGUGAGGAGAGUCUGCAGAGAAUGAAGUUUUUGGCUAUGAACACUCCCGAACUGAGGAAAGCAGGGAAGAGGGUAUUAGACCAUAUGUGUUGCCUGGAGAAAGAAGUGACAUUAGACUAUGAACGUACACUGAACAAGAUUAGUUUUGACAAAACUGUCGCUUCCAAACCUGAGAUGUUUUCUUAUGUCACCUUGCCAGACAAAGAGGAGGAAAAAGCACCAGAGAAAGGGCUCGUCUGUAUCCCAGACUAUCCUUUUAAGAAACAAAAGGAAGACUUCAACUUUGUCUCACUCUUGAAGAGGCCAGAAGUCAUCCUUCUCCUUCCAGAGGUGCAAGAUGAGUGCAACAAGGUAGCCAUCAUGUCUCUGUUUAACACAGCCUUGGCCAAGUGUGUUUGCUUGGAGGAAUUUGAACAGAUCCAGACCCAGACCUUCACUGAGGUUCAGAUGUUUCUCAAGGAUACUUGGAUUGAUACUCUAACGACUGCAAUAACGAGCAACUUGAAGGAAGCAGGCACAGACUGGUACAAACUGGAACAGACCAACUGGGAUGUCUACCUGCUGUCCAAACUGCGUAAGCUGAUGAACCGCAUCAGAUUCAUGCUUCAGGACUCUCUGAGGUCUCUGGUCCAGAACUCACUGAUCAGCUUCACCCAGCUUGUGCUGGAUGCUUGCCAUGCUGUCCUGAAUUGCUCACAGGACAUGAAAUGGGGAGAUGACCUCAUCAAUAGUCCCUACAGGCCUCUGAGGUACCCACUUUUUCUAACAGACCUUGUGCUAGACACCAGUGGCAUUCACUUCAGCCCCCCUGCGGAGAGCUUUGAGAAGUCCCUCAUUUCUCUGUUUGAUGAGGGAAUCCUGGCAACACACACUGUCCCACAGCUGGAGAAGUAUGUGCUGGAGAACGUAGCUAUCACAGGCACACCUUUGCUUGACUCAGUGGGCUUGCACGAACCAGAAGUGGAAAAACUACGUGAGACUAUGCGCUCUGCCAUUCAGAUGGCAAUGAUCCCUCUCCAUGCCUAUGCCAAGAGAUACGAGAAGUUCUUGGAGCUAAAUAACAAUGACAUCCAGUACUUGCUAAGAGACUACGAAGAGCAAUGUCCAUCUGCCCAGGAGGUGAGGAAUAUAGUGAACAUGUACUUGUCAGAAAAGGAGAACCUGAACAGCACUCUACCUGUUUCUAUUGUCAUUGGUCCCUUCCAUGUCAGCACAGAAGCUGUUAAGCAAAAUCUGACCGCAAAAUACAAAGCGCUUGCCACUUCCAUGUUGGAUAUACUGGCUAAAAACCUCCAUUUGCAGGUGGAGAGUAUCUGCAACACGUAUGAAGCCACCAGCUGCAGAAUGCAUGAGAAACCAAACAAUAUUGAGGAGCUGACUGAGCUGCAGGAGUGGAUGAAGAACAUCCCCAAGCAGCUGGCUGUGCAGGAGAAGCUGAUUUGUGAAGUCGUGAAAGAUUACGAGAUCAUGGAGGAAUUCUUUUACAACCUUACGGACGAAGAUUUCAGUGACAGGUGGGCUGCAAGUUACUGGCCAUUGAAAAUAAGCAAGCAAGCUGAGUGCCUUGGGCAGCAGCAGCAGAAGGAUGCAAAGAGGUUUCAUAAAAAACAUGUCCUGGAUCAGAGCAGCUUUCACAAAAAACUGGAGGAGAUGAAGCUGACUGUAGGUGGAUUUUCCAUCCAGGCAGAUGCUAGCCAAGCUAAUGAGUUGGCUAACAAAGCAAGGGAGGUCAGGAAGCAGCUGCAGGAGCUUCAGAAUUUGGCAGCUGUCUACAACAACAGGGAAAGAAUCUUUGGGAUCAAAGUUACUAAUUACAGUGGGCUGUCCAGGAUGGUUAAGGACUUCCAGCCAUACCAUGACCUCUGGACAACAGUGUCAGACUGGAUGCAUCAGCAUGAGAAAUGGAUGAGUGAUCCUCUCAUGGAAAUUGAUUCUGAGCAGAUAGAAAAGAUUGUCAAUGACUCUUUUAAGACAAUGCAGAGAUGCGUGAGGCAGUUCAAGGAUUCACCAGCCUGCCAGGGUGUGGCAAUGGAAUUUCGAGACAAGAUUGACGAAUUCAAGCUAUACGUCCCCUUAAUUCAAGGGCUCUGCAAUCCUGGUAUGAGAGAGCGGCACUGGGAUAUGCUGUCAGAAUCUAUUAAGAUGGAUAUCAAGAUAGAUCCCAGUCUGACAGUUUCUCGCUGCUUGGAAAUGAACCUGCUGGACCAUAUCAAGAGCAUCAGCAAAGUAGCUGAGGCAGCUGGCAAGGAAUACGCCAUUGAGAAUGCACUCAACAAGAUGGAGCGUGAAUGGAACUCCGUAUUUUUUGCUGUGGACCCUUACACGGGAACGUUUAUUCUGAAAAACACCGAGGAAGUUUCUGGGCUCCUAGAUGAUCACAUUGUCUUGCUUCAGAGCAUGUCCUUCUCACCAUUCAAGAAACCUUUUGAGGAAAGGAUGAACGCAUGGGAAAAUAAGCUGAAGAUUACACAGGCUGUCCUAGAGGAAUGGCUGAAGUGCCAGCUCUCUUGGCUCUACUUGGAGCCAGUCUUGAGUUCAGAGGACAUCAAAAGACAGCUCCCAUUGGAAAGCCAGCUCUACCAGGAAGUGGAUAAGGACUGGAGGGACAUCAUGAAGAGUGCUAAUGAAAACCCUGAGGUGAUUUCUCUGUGCCCUGAUCCUGUGCUACUACAGAAGCUCCAAAAAUGUAACCAGCUACUGGAACUGGUUCAGAAAGGGCUAAGUGAAUAUCUGGAGACGAAGAGAUUUGCUUUUCCUAAAUACUACUGGACAAAGGGCGACCUGUACAUGAGAGCAGUCAAUGCUGAAUUUCUCUAUGGCUACGAGCACCUGGGGAACACUGGCCAUCUGGUUAUUAUACCCCUUGCUGACAGGUGUUACCUGACACACACAGGAGCUCUGCACCUGAAAUUUGGAGGAGCACCUGCAGGACCAGCAGGACCAGGCAAAACAGAAACAACAAAAGACCUGGGCAAAGCACUAGCAAUCCCAGCUGUAGUGUUCAACUGCUCUGACCAGCUUGACUUUCUGGCAAUGGGAAAGUUUUUCAAGGGACUAGCCAGCUCUGAGACAUGGGCUUGCUUUGAUGAGUUCAACCUCAUUGGUAUCGAGGUGCUGUCUGUGGUGGUGCAGCAGAUUACAACCAUUCAGAAAGCACAGCAGCAGAGGGAUGAUAUUUUUAAUUUUCUAGGUGAAUUGCUUCAUGUUGAAGGUGCAGAGAUCCCACUGGUCCCAUCCUGUGCACUCUUCAUCACAAUGAACCCAGGGUAUGCUGGGCGUACUGAACUGCCCGAUAACCCGAAGGCUCUCUUUCUUCCUGUGGCUAUGAUGGUCCCAGAUUACUCCAUGAUUGCUGAGAUGUCACUCUACGCCUUUGGGUUUGAUGAAGCCAAAAUCCUUGCAAAGAAGAUCACCACAACAUUCAAACUAUUGUCAGAGCAGCUCAACUCCCAGGACCACAAUGACUUUGGGAUGAGAGCUGUGAAAACUGUCAUUGGCAACCUAAAAAGAGAGAAUCCUACUGUGGAUGAGGAGCUGAUCUGCCUGCGGGCUAUCAGGAAUGCCAAUGUACCCAAAUUCCUGAAGGAUGACCUCAUGCUCUUCAGUGGUAUUGUCUCAGUAUUUCCCAAGAUCAAAGAAGAGCUUGUUGCUUACGGCCUCCUGGAAGAAGCCAUUCACAAAUUCUGCAUCAAAGAGAACCUGGAGGAUACUGAUGGUUUUGUGACUAAGUGCAUCCAGCUCUAUGAAGCUACUAUGGUUUGACAUGGCCUUAUGCUGGUGGGACCAACGGGUUCUGGUAAGACAAAGAGUUACCAAGUCCUGGCAGCUGCAGUGACAUCACUGAAAGGUCAACCUGCAGCAAGUGGUGGGAAUUACGAGGCAGUCAGAUACUUUGUACUGAAUCCCAAAUCCAUCACAAUGGGCCAGCUUUAUGGAGAGUUCAGCUUGCUAACGCAUGAGUGGACAGAUGGGAUCCUUUCCUCACUCAUCCAGCAGGGAGCUGUGGCCACUGACACCAUCAAGAAGUGGUACAUGUUUGACGGCCCGGUUGGCUUGUGGAUUGAGCACAUGAACACAGUGCUAGAUGACAAUAAGAAGUUGUGCCUGAGCUCAGGGGAAAUCAUCAAGCUGUCAGAGUGUAUGACCAUGAUGUUUGAAGUGCAGGAUCUGGCUGUUGCUUCCCCUGCCACAGUGUCUCACUGAGGCAUGGUUUACCUUGAACCCAGCAUCCUGGGGCUGGAGCCAUUCAUUGAGAGCUGGCUGCAAAAACUUCCAGGCAUCAUGAAGCCCUUCUCACAGCAGCUAUCAUCUCUCUUCAAGAGAUUCCUCAAGGAAGGCAUUGGCUUUGGCUGGAGGUUUGUGAAGGAGGUAAUUGCCUCAACAGACAGUAACCUCACAAGGAGCCUCCUCCUGCUCUUGGAAUGUUUCUUUCAGCCUUUCAUUCCCAUUGAGGGACUUAGGACAACUCCCCAGGAGAAGACAGCUCAUAUCAAAGAGCUGAUUGAACCCUGGUUUCUAUUUGCCUUGAUCUGAGUGGGUGCUACUGGAGAUUCCCAAGGUUACAUGGCCUUCAGCUUGUGGCUGAGGGAGAAGAUGGCAAAGGAAAAGAUCCAGUUACUUUUCCCAGAAGAAGGACUGGUUUACGACUAUAAACUGAACGAUGCGGGGCUCAGCAGUCCUGAAGAUGAUCUGGAUGAGGAGGUCGUGUGCUGGGAGAAGUGGCUGGACCCAACAGCAGAGUUCACCAUGGUUCCUGAUACCAACUUCUGUGACAUUAUUGUGCCCAUAACGAACACAGGCCGAACGGCCCAUCUGCUGGAGCUGUUGCUCAUCAACUAUAAGCCAGUAUUUCUCUGCAUUGGUCCCACUGGCACAGGGAAGACCACAAUUACAGACAAGCUUUUGAAGAACUUGCCUCUCAGAUACAUUACCCACUGCCCGAUGUUUUUGCCACAUACCUCUGCUAACCAAACUCGAGAUCUCAUUGACAGCAAACUGGAUAAAAGGCACAAGGGUGUGUUUGGGCCUCCAGUUGGGCGGUACUUCAUAUUUUUUAUUGAUGACUUGAACAUGGCCGUGCUGGACACAUACGGUGCUGAGGCACCCAUCGAGCUGCUGCGGCAGUGGAAGGAGCACCGGGGCUGGUAUGACGGGAAUCAGAUCAGUGCUUUUAAGAAGCUGGUAGAUAUUAAUUUGGUCUGUGCCAUGGGGCCUCCUGGAGGUGGAAGGAAUGCUGUCACUCCACGCCUCACUCCCCGUUUCAGCUACCUCUCCUUCACUGGAAUGGAGGACAGCAGCAAGAAGGCCAUCUUCUCCACCACCCUUGGCAGCUGGAUUGGUGGACUCCUAGGAGAAAAAAGUUACAAAGAUCCAGUGCCAGGAGCACUUGCAGUGAAAGACCUGAACAAGCCCUUGGUUGAUGCAACUACUGGCAUGUAUUUGACUGGCACAUCCCAGCUCCUGCCCACACCAGCCAAGUCACUUUACACUUUCAACCUGAGAGACCUCUCCAAGGUGUUCCAGGCCAUGCUCAUGGCUGAGCCCAGCACCAUCCAGGACAAACUGCAGCUGCUGAAACUGUGGUACCCUGAGAGCUGCCUGGUGUUCUGUGAUCACCAGGUCAGCAAGGAGGACCGCACGUGGUUCAACCACCUGGUGAAGAGUAUGAUGGAGGAGUUAGGCACCACUUUUGAGGAGGUCAUCCCCUCCCAGCCAGUUCUGUUUGGGGACUUCAUGGAUCCAGAUGCCCAUAUCAACUACAAAGCAAUUGAUGGCCAGGAAAAGCUGAAAGCUGUGAUUGAGGCUUACCUGGAGGAGUACAAUCAAGUCAACACCCCAGAGCUGAAGCUUGUGCUCUUCAUGGAUGCGAUACAGCACAUCUGCCAGAUCAGCCGGAUUCUGCAGCAGGUUCCAGGGGAUGCUCUCCUCCUGGGUUUUGGAGGAAGUGGGAGACAGUCUCUCACCAGGCUGGCAUCUCACAUGGCAGAUUAUGAGUGUUUCCAGAUUGAACUGACCAAAAAUGAUGGCAUGACUGAAUGGCGAGGUGAUGUGAAGAAGAUCAUGAUGAAGGCAGGCACUGAGAAUCUACCCAAGCCCUUCCUGUUCGUAGACAGUCAAAUUAAAAAUGAAUCCUGCCUUGAGGAUGUCAACAACCUGCUCAACUCGGGUGACAUUCCCAGCAUUUACAGCCUCCAUGACAAAGAACAGAUCAUGACAGCGAUGAAGCCCAUUGUUUGGGAUCUAGGGCAGCAGCCCACCAAGGCCAAUCUGAUGGCUGCAUACACAGGACGGGUUCGCAGCAGUACCCACACAGUCGUGUGCAUGAGCCCUACUGGAGAAGUCUUCCGUGCAUGCUUGAGACAGUUCCCCUCUCUUGUGAACUGCUGCACCAUCAACUGGUUUAAUAAGUGGCCUGCUGAGACCCUGCUCGUGGGCUCCUCCUUCUUGCUUGAGAUCCCACAUCUUGGUGCCAGUAUGGAAAAUGUCAAUGGGAUGAGUCAAGUACGUGUAGAAAUUCAUCAGAGCAUGGCAAAGAAGUGCCAGGUGUACCUAGGAGAGCUGGCCAGACACAAUUAUGUCACUGCCAAGAGCUACCUCGAGUUCCUCAUCAUCUUCAUUUCCCUGAUUGGAAAGAAGAAACAGGAACUGAAUACAGCGAAGAAGAGGAUGAAAGGUAGCCUGGACAAGCUCCUGCGAGCGGCAGCCGCGGUAGCGAAGCUGCAGCAGAAGCUGGAGUCCUUCCGCCCCCUCCUGGCGCCGGCCGCCGAGGACGCGCUGGCAUCCGUGGCUCCAGCGCAGGUACCGCUGCGGGGAGUGGAAGAGACAAGGAGUGCUGUGCAGGCUGAGGAGAUGGAGGCCAAAGCGAAAGCUCAGGCAGCCCAAGCCAUUGCAGAUGAUGCUCAGAAGGACUUGGAUGAAGCCCUCCCAGCCCUGGACACUGCUCUUGCCAGCCUGAGGAGCCUCAACAAAAGUGAUGUUACUGAGGUAAGUGGGUUGAGGGGGGAGGGUGGCAGAGUUGCGUCUGGUCCUUUGAAACUAUUCCUCUUCUAUAGGCUUGCAGCGUCUCCAGCUUUUUCCAACAUAUCCAUCCAUCCAUUCACCCAUCCAUCCAUCCAUCUCACUGGGCUGACAGUGUGGGCAUCUGCCUGUGCAGCUUCUCAGGUUCACUCCUGA